UCGGACGCCGCAUCCAUUUUGACACCGACAGCCGGCGGAGCAGCAGCGGACUGAGCGGAGGUUCGUUCACGGUCCACGGCCUCGGAGCUCGUGUUUCCUCGGGACUGACGGAGCUCGUGCUCCUGUGAUGGCGCUGCGGCGGCAGGACGCGGGCGGGGCGACAGUGUGAGGCUCGGUGCUUUCAUCGGGGAAGGAUCUGCAGGUUCUCUUUGAAGAUGUGGAAGGGAGCACUUGCUUAGAGUGCUGAUCGUUACCAUGGCAACACUAAGCAACAGCCAGGCAUGUGGUGGUCUGGACAACUGCUCGUUUCACAGCAAGUCCACAGAAUAUUGUUACUCGGCACGGAUCCGCAGCACAGUGCUGCAGGGGCUGCCGUUUGGAGGAGUUCCCACUGUCCUGGCCCUCGACUUCAUGUGCUUUCUGGUGUUGCUCUUUGUCUUUUCCAUUCUGCGUAAAGUAGCGUGGGAUUAUGGACGUUUGGCUCUUGUCACCGACGCAGACAGUGUUGGAUCAGCGAUGCAUUCAGAGGCUCCUGAGCGUUACGAGCGUCUGACGUCCGUGUCCAGCUCACUGGACUUUGACCAGAGAGACAACGGCUUCUGCUCGUGGCUGACGGCCAUUUUCAGAAUAAAGGAUGAAGAGAUCAGAGAGAAAUGUGGCGAGGACGCCAUCCACUACCUGUCCUUCCAGCGCCAUAUCAUCGGCCUGCUCGUGGUCGUCGGUGUCCUCUCUGUUGGAAUCGUCCUCCCCGUCAACCUCUCUGGAGACCUGCUGGAAAACAACGCCUACAGCUUUGGACGAACGACGAUCGCUAACCUGAAGUCUGAGACUAAACUGUUGUGGAUCCACACCACGUUCGCCUACAUGUAUCUGCUGCUCACUGUCUACAGCAUGAGGAGACACACGUCCAAGAUGCACUACAAAGAGGAUGACCUGGUGAAACGAACUUUAUUCAUCAACGGAAUCUCCAAAUACGCCGAGGAGACACAGAUCAAAGAGCACUUUGAACAGGCCUAUGAGAACUGCACGGUGCUGGAGGCGAGAAUCUGUUAUAACGUGGCCAAACUCAUGGCUCUCAAUGCUGAGAGGAAGAAGACAGAGCGUAGUAAGAAGUUCUUCACUGACCUGAUGUCAAAGGAACACGUUCCCACGAUGAUCAACCCCAAACCCUGUGGACAUCUUUGCUGCUGCACCAUCACUGGCUGUGAGGAGGAGGAGGCGGUCAGCUUCUACACUAAGAGAGAGGCGAAGCUCAAGGAGGAGUACAGGAAGGAGAAGGAGAAGGUUCACACCAAACCUCUGGGCAUGGCCUUUGUCACCUUCCAGAAUGAGGCAAUGACUGCUAGUAUUCUGAAGGACUUUAACGCGUGUCAGGUUCAGGGUUGUCGCUGUCGCCAGGAGCCACGUUCCUCUCAGUUCAGCGAGGUUCUUCACGUCCACAGCUGGAGCGUUUCUUACGCGCCCGACCCACAGAACGUCCGCUGGGAGCAUCUGUCCCUGGGCGGAGUCAGGUGGUGGAUCCGCUGCUUUAUCAUCAACUGCAUCCUCUUCAUUCUGCUCUUCUUCCUCACCACACCUGCCAUCAUCAUCUCCACCAUGGACAAGUUCAACGUCACCAAACCUGUGGAGUAUCUGAACAAUCCCAUUGUCACUCAGUUCUUCCCGACUCUGCUGCUCUGGGCCUUUUCUGCUCUGCUGCCGACCAUCGUCUAUUACUCCGCCUUCUUUGAGGCUCACUGGACCAGGUCAGGAGAAAACAGGACAACGAUGCAUAAAUGUUACACCUUCUUGAUCUUCAUGGUGCUGCUGCUGCCGUCGCUGGGACUGAGCAGUCUGGACGUUUUCUUCCGCUGGCUCUUUGACAGGAAGUUCCUGGCUGAUGGGACACUCAGAUUUGAGUGCGUCUUCCUACCAGAUAACGGAGCUUUCUUUGUCAACUACGUCAUCGCGUCAGCGUUCAUCGGGAACGCCAUGGACCUGCUGCGGAUUCCCGGUCUGCUCAUGUACAUGAUCCGUCUGUGCCUGGCUCGCUCAGCCGCAGACCGCCGCAACGUCAAGAGGCACCAGGCCUACGAGUUCCAGUUUGGAGCAGCAUACGCUUGGAUCAUGAACGUGUUCACAGUGGUGAUGGCGUACAGCAUCACCUGUCCCAUCAUCGUCCCCUUCGGUCUGAUGUACAUGCUGCUCAAACACCUGGUGGACAGAUACAACAUGUACUACGCUUAUCUGCCGUCCAAACUGGACAAGAAGAUCCACUCCAGCGCUGUCACUCAGGUGGUGGCUGCACCGAUCCUCUGCCUCUUCUGGUUGCUGUUCUUCUCCACCGUCCGCACAGGUUUCAAGACGCCGUACUCGAUGUUCACUCUGGUGGUUCUGAUCGUGACCAUCGUGGUCUGUCUGUCCCACGUCUGCUUCGGAUACUUCAAGUACCUCAGCGCUCACAACUACAAGAUUGAUACAAAGGACAGUGACGUGGACACGGUGGAGAACGGACGUCCGACUCGUCCCUCGUCCUCACCCUCCACCAAGUCUCAGCAGCAGCAGCAGAUGUACAUCGCUCAGGUUCUCCAGGACCCAAACUCCGACGAGCCGGGCAGUGGCGGCGAGGACGACUGCGCGUCGUCUCAGGACGACGAGAUGCUGAACGGAGGGACCGGCAUCAACGAGGCGGAUUUCCAGUCAGGGGAGGACAGUCUGAUCGCCAACGAGGUCCACCAGUAGCUGGACCACAGAGAGUGGGCGGAGCUAAUCGAGUGUCUGGACAUUUGGAAAAGAAACCAUCUUUGCACAUGCAGACUGACCACUGUGAGCUCCGCCUACUCUCCGCUCAAAGACUUGACCCUGACCUUGGACACCAACGCUGUGUCACCGUCGUCCAGUCCCACACAUCUGUCCCUCCUGUCCCUCCUGUCCCUCACUGUACAUAACCACAAAGCCAAACCUCAUCAUCUUUAGUGUCCUCUGUGGUGGUGGACGGUGGGGUUUGACGUUUCUGUGCCGGUUCUCGUACUCGUGUCUUGAUUCCUCGUCCCAUCGUGGGUCAUCUUUGGACCCAGGGGUCAAAGGUCAAACCAAUGUCGCCACCCCCCUCCGGUUAGCAAAGCGCUAAAUAAUUCAGCAGGCUGUUGUUGUGGUAGAAGCAGUUCCCUCUUCACCCUGUCCUCUGUUUCCAUGGAAACAUCACCUGGACGUUUCUGAAUCACUCUUCAUGACCUCUUCAUGACCUCUAGAGACGGUGGAUAAUAAUUCACACGUUCAUGGCAGAAACUGGUGUCACAGCUCUGAUGCUCCUGUUGUUGAUUUGCUGAGCUUUUACUGCAUGAGGUUUCAAUUUGAACAUGUGGGAGCACGACGUGUGCCACAGUCACAGCAGCAGCUUCAGAUUCAGCUUUAGCUCCAGCAGCUUCAGCCUCAGCAACUUCAGUAGCUUCAGCAACUUCAGCUUCAGCCUCAGCAACUUCAGCAGCUUCAGCAGCUCCAGCAGCUCCAGCAGCUUCAGCAGCUUCAGUAGCUUUAGCUUCAGACUCAGCAACUUCAGCAGCUCCAGCAGCUUCAGCUUCAGCCUCAGCAGCUUCAGCAGCUCCAGCAGCUCCAGCAGCUCCAGCAGCUUCAGCAGCUCUAGCAGCUUCAGCAGCUCCAGCAGCUUCAGCUUCUUCCAGUCUAGGACCAGAAUCAAAACACCUGAAUUUCCUUAAAUCAGCUGACAGACGGAACGUUUGUGUCUGUGGACGUUUUUAUUCUCCAGAACUUUGUGAAGACUACACAAUGUGGGACAAGUGCAGUGUUUUUUGACAGGGGGCGCUCUAUGCUGUUUUUGUUCGCGCGCGCGUGUGUGGACACACGGCUGGACUAUGAAAGCGUUUGGUCACAGCGCCACACGCUGGAGAACCUGCAGUGUUCAUGUCCUGAUGUUUGUUUGUUGGUUUCCUCUACACCUCAGAGAUACUGCUUCCGGAUUGGAUGCACACGAUGGUGAUGAGGUCUGUGACUUGGCAACUUUCAACUCUGAUUGUUUUCUGUCUGAUGAUGUCAUCAGUGUUUGAUCUUUCAAGAUUCUGUCUGCUUCUGGUUCCCAUUGUUCUGGUUCAGAUUGUUCUGGUUCAGAUGUGAAUUUAGGGUUGAGAGCUGCUGCGUUCACUGACUGUAGGAAAAAUAAGCGUGAUAUUUUUGUAACCUGAAGAGUUUGAUGCUGUGACAAUGUUUUUUAAACUGUGUGUGUGUGUCUGUGUCUGAGUGUAUGUGUAUGUGUGUGUGUGAGAGAGAGAGUGUGUGUGUGUGUGUGUGUGUGUGUGUGUGUGAGAGUGAGUGAGUGUCUGUGUGUGUGAGAGUGUUUGUGAGUGUGUGUGUGUGUGAGAGAGUGUUUGUGAGUGUGUGUGUGUGAGAGAGAGAGUGUUGAGUGUGUCAGAGAGUGUGUGUGUGAGAGAGAGAGUGUUGAGUGUGUGAGAGAGUGUGUGUGUAAAUAAAAAUCUGCUUCUCACUCAGCUUUAAUUUAUUGCUGUGUCAUUUAAUUAUUUUCUUGUAUUUGAAACAUUUGUCUUAUUUAUGUUAUUGAUGAAUAAAAAUGGCUUCAUCCAAA